AUGGAACAACUACUCACCACUUUCUCAACUUUUGCGGUAAUGUUACUUGUGAAUGACUGCAUUAAUUGGUGUUUAGACAAGGCUGAUAUGUACAAGGCCCCGACCCCCAACGCCCCAAUCCUGCGCCGGGAGGCCGCCGAGGAAUCAAAGGAUUUGGCCAAUACUCUCGCAGAGAUAAUCACCAAAAUAGGCUGGCAACAUGAUGUUGCGUUCCUGGGCUUUAUCCUCCUGUACAAGGCAGGCGUUCGUGCUGUGUAG